AUGGCGGCCGAGGGUCUCGUUUGGGUCGCGUCCCACGCCUACCCAAGCUUACGGCUGUGGGAUGGCGAGCGGCGGCAUCUGUGCCUGCUGCCGCGCAUGCCGUGGCUGGCGCAGCGGUUUGCAGAGGAGGGCGUCGACGCCGCCAUGCUCGACAAGGGCCGCCGCGUCUCGGCGCAGGCCUUCACCCUGCGCGGCCUGGCCCGCGUGGCGCCCGGCGUUGUCCAGCGCGGCCCGCUCACGCAGUGGUCCGAGCAGGAGCAGGUCUGGGACUCGUACUUCCGGGGGCCGACGGACUCACACAGCGUUCGCGUGACGGAUGUCUGGGCGGUACUUGAAGGAUGCUGCCGGACGACAGUCGGCGUCUUUCGACUUCGUCCCGAGCCCUGGAACGCAUUGGGUGCGGUACAACGGCAUGUUCCUGCA